AUGAGUGAUGAAAAACAUUCAGAUGAUACAUCCCAAGCAGAAAUAUUGAACAGCGAAAAAGAUGAACAGAAAGAUAACAUUGAUAUUUUGCUGAAGGCGACAGGUAACGCACCUAUAAUGAAAAAAAAGAAAUGGGCUGUGGAUGCUGAGAAACCUAUUGGUUGGAUUAUGGAGUUUGUUAAAAAGUAUCUGAAACUGGAACCUGAGGAAAGAUUGUUUCUAUAUGUCAAUCAAACAUUUGCCCUGUCCCCCGACCAGCUGAUCAAGAAUUUGUAUGAGUGUUUUGGAACGGACGGUAAACUGGUGCUGCAUUACUGUAAGAGUCAAGCUUGGGGAUGA